AUGAAGACUCGGUGGUCCAGACCGCCCGAGCUUGAAAUCAAUCUUAUCGAUAAGCAUCUCCGCUCGCUUCGACCUCACAACACUCUACACAUCCACCGCCUGGUUCACACGCUCGCGCUAUCCAUUUCCCCCUUGAGCAUCGAGGAAAGGGUGGAUAAGAUCCUGUCACAGACUCCAUUGAUCGACGGUCAUGAUGACUUUCCUAUCUUGGUCCGGGAACUCUUCCACAACCGCAUAAAUGAUCCCAACUUCACUGAGGCUUUUGUCGCGGGCAAAUUCCCCGGUCACGUUGACAUCCCUCGAUUGAAACAAGGUAGAGUUGGUGGUACGUUUUGGAGUGUUUUUGUGCCCUGUCCCAAGAAUGGGACGAAUUUUUCCGAUGAGAAUUACGCAGCAAGUAAGGGAAAUUCUUACGAUGACUGUCCCGCGGUAUACUCACAUCGGACCAUAGGCGUGCGCGAGACAAUGGAGCAAGUGGAUAUCAUGUCAAGGGUUCAGCAAGCCUAUCCCAAGGUCUUCUCCACCCCCCCAAAUGGCACCACUGCCAUGUCCGCUUUCCGCGAGGGAAAAAUCAUCUCACCGCUUGGUAUUGAGGGCUUGCAUUCGAUCGGCAACUCACUGGCUCACCUCCGGAUAUUCUAUGAGCUGGGGGUUUCAUACGCAACUCUGACGCAUAAUUGUCAUAACCGGUAUGCCGACGCCGCCAUUCUCGAGCUCCCAGGUGGUGGAAUAAAAAAGGCCGAUCCUCUCUGGCAUGGCGUCAGCGAAGAAGGCCAGAAGCUGGUGUUUGAGAUGAAUCGCCUCGGGAUGAUCGUCGAUUUGGCCCAUGUCAGUACAGAGACAAUGCGUGAUGUACUGGGCGCCGGCAAGUCUGAAUGGACAGGGAGCCGCGCUCCAGUGAUUUACAGCCAUAGCUCAGCCUAUGCACUGUGUCCUCACCCGCGCAAUGUACCAGACGACAUCCUGGAGUUGGUCCGUGAGAAGAACUCCCUGGUUAUGGUUAAUUUUUCACCAGACUUCAUUUCCUGCACGGCUUCAGACCGUGCAGAUGGGAUCCCAGAUGCGGACGCUGUCCACGCCACUCUGGAACGAGUCGCCGAUCAUAUCAUGUACAUUGGUAAUCUUAUAGGCUUCGAGCAUGUCGGAAUAGGUAGUGAUUUUGAUGGCAUUCCGACAGUUCCUCGGGGAUUGGAGGAUGUGUCCAGGUUCCCUCAUCUCAUCAUAGAGCUGCUGAAACGAGGAGUCAGCGACAAAGAUGCAAGCAACGUGGUAGGAGGUAACCUAUUGAGGGUGUGGAAAAAAGUUGAUGAGGUGGCGUUAGAGAUGCAAGCCGACGGUGCACUGCCCGCAGAGGACUAA